CAGCCUAGGGUUGCGUUAAUCCGCGCGGUCCCACCCUUCCGGCCCUGCGUUCUAUCCACCGCCUCCACUGUACGCCCCGCACAGGCUAGUGGCGUGACGGUCGCCUCGUUUCCGCGCCUUGCGGCCCCUGCGGAGCCCGAGCCUGCAAUGUCGGGCCCCAACGGGGACCUGGGCAUGCCGGUGGAGGCGGACGCGGAAGGCGAGGAUGACGGCUUCGGGGAAGCAGAAUACGCUGCCAUCAACUCCAUGCUGGACCAGAUCAACUCCUGUCUGGACCACCUGGAAGAGAAGAACGACCACCUCCACGCCCGCCUCCAGGAGCUGCUGGAGUCCAACCGGCAGACGCGCCUGGAGUUCCAGCAGCAGCUGGGGGAGGCCCCCAGCGAUGCCAGCCCUUAGGCUCCAGGAGCCCCGAGCCAAGCCCCGGCCCUGCGUCCCUGGGCUGAGCUCUAGCCUGGGCGCUCACCGCCUGACUUAGACACCUUCUCCAGGGCUGGCCUACAGGUCCCCUUGUGGCCCUGACUGCCUGAGCCACUCUUCAGGGACUCCCCUUGGCGUGUCUGCGCCGACCCCCACCGCCCAGCCUUCCCUCCUGGGGCCAGGCGUGGGCCCGCCACCCCUUGCCUGCCUGCCCAACUCCUGGACACUCUCCACUCUGCCCAGGCCUUGAGUGUCCGUAUUAAACUGGUCUCCGACACUGCUGCGCCUUUGUGUCCUGGGGCGGGAACCCCAGUGGCUGGCAGAGGUGCCCGGGGCGGUCAGGGUGUUCCCGGUGCUGCUCACGCACCGGCUGCUCACGGGCGUGGAGGUGGGGAUGGGGUUCUUGCCUUCUUUAUUUCUGGACACAGAGGGUGCAGGUAAGGUCGGGGCUUCCUCCCCACCUGGUACACUCCUGGCCAGCAGCGGCUCCCCCAGCCAGGCUGAGACAACAUCAGGCAUGCUGUGCGACCCUGUGUGCUGCGCUUAGCUUCUCUGGGGGCCAGGGCCUUUCCCUAAGACACCAAGACAUGCUGUGCAGCCUCGGGCACCACCCUCCUGCUCUUGGCCUCAGUCCCCCUUGGUUGGUCUGACUAUGGAUCUGUAGGGGUCCUUCCCAAAUGGGGAAACAGCGGAACUAAACAUUCAACUCGGCUGAGGCCCCGCCCACUGAUGCUUCGUCCUGGGUCACCUGACCGGAAGGGCGGAGUCCCCGCUGGAGCCCCGUAAACUCAGGAGCAGAGGAGCAGCCAGGCAAGAGGUGCAGCCAGGCAAGAGGUGCAGCCCUUCUUGCACGUGACCUUCCACAGGAUCCAGCUGGAGAGGUUAGCACGGGGGUCCAGAGCUCAGGCCGGGAUCAAAUCCUGACCUGGCUAGGCCUCAGUUUCUUCAUCUGGAAUCGGGGGGUACCAAGACCUCCCUCCUAGAGUCGCUGUGAAGAUUAAAUGAGAUCUUAUUUGAAGGUA